AUGGGGUUCUGGAAUGACUCGAAUUAUGGGAAAGGUGUGAUCAUUGGAGUUAUUGACACAGGAAUUUUCCCGGACCACCCUUCGUUUAGCGAUGAUGGGAUGCCACCUCCCCCUGCUAAAUGGAAGGGUAAGUGUGAAUUUAAUGUCACAAAGUGUAACAACAAGCUCAUUGGAGCCAGGGUCUUCCCGAACUCGGGGAUUGAUCCAUGGGAUGAAGAUGGUCACGGUACACAUACUGCUAGCACGGCUGCUGGACGUUUCGUGCCAGGUGCCAACAUUUUUGGCAAUGCUAAUGGCACAGCUGUGGGUGUUGCACCUCUUGCUCAUGUUGCCAUCUACAAAGCGUGUGAUGAUAUCAGUUGUUAUGGGAGCGACGUUUUAGCUGCAAUAGAUAUGGCUAUUGAAGAUGGUGUCGAUGUUCUUUCAAUUUCCUUUGGUAAUCGAUUUAGGGAAUUCUAUGAAGACGACAUUGCACUUGGUGCAUUUAGUGCUAUGGAAAGAGGAAUCUUUGUCAGCGGUGCUGCUGGAAAUUCAGGACCAUUUAGUUUUUCAAUGUCUAAUGAGUCGCCCUGGAUUCUCACAGUUGGUGCAAGCACUAUCGACAGGAAAAUAAAGGCCACUGCUGUACUUGGAAACAAUCAAGAAUUUGACGGAGAAUCAGCCUUUCAACCUAGUGACUUUCCUCCAACUCUGUUGCCUCUUAUUUAUCCUGGAAACAAUGCUAGUGAUUAUUAUAUUCAAUAUUGUGACCCUCGUUCACUGAAAAACACGAAUGUCGCAGGAAAGAUAGUGUUAUGUGAAUCUCGUUCAACGGAGCAAGUUGAUACUGGGAAAGCAGUGAAAGCAGCUGGUGGUGCUGCCAUGAUUAUUAUGAAUUCAGGAUACUGGGCUAACACAACAUUAGCUGAAGCACAUGUCCUACCCGUGACACACGUUACCUAUGCUGAUGGUCUAAAAAUCCAAGAGUACAUAAACUCAACAACAACCCCCACUGCAACAAUCGUGUUCAAGGGAACUAUAAUCGGAAAUGAUCGUGCUCCAGUGGUUGCUGGUUUUUCUUCCAGGGGUCCAAGUUAUGCAAGUCCUAGAAUUCUAAAACCGGACAUUAUUGGUCCUGGUGUUAACAUUUUAGCGGCUUGGCAUAUUUCCUUGGAGAACGACAUGAGAACAAACUCUACGUUUAACAUGAUUUCAGGUACCUCAGUGUCUUGUCCCCAUCUCAGUGGCGUUGCAGCGCUACUAAAAAGUGUUCACCCGGAUUGGUCUCCAGCUGCAAUUAAGUCAGCAAUUAUGACAACAGCCGAUGUCAUAAACCUCAAAUCCAACUUAAUCGAGGAUGAAACACAAGUUACUGUCAUUGCUCAGCGCAAAGUGAAUUGUUCGGAGAUUACUAGCAUCUUAGAAGGUCAACUAAAUUAUCCAUCAUUUGCAAUUCAAGUUAAAAGCAACUCAGGAGUUCAAGUAUAUUCAAGAACUGUGACAAAUGUAGGACAAGCCAACUCAACAUGCCGAGUUGAUAUCGAUUCACCGCGAGGCCUUGAUGUGAAAGUUGAACCAACUACACUUGUUUUUUCAGAGGUGAAACAAAAAUUGAGUUAUCAAGUGACAUUUACACCUUUUGCUACACCAAGUACCAUAUCUUCUCAGGGAUCUCUCAGAUGGAUUUCUGAAAACCAUAUUGUUAGGAGCCCAAUUGCUCUUCGGUUUUCAGAUUUUCGGUGA